CUACGUCUAUGAAUAACAGUAUUAUAUUUGUUCGAACAAGUGAUUUCUCCAACGUUUUCUCAUUUUCACAAUCUUUUUUAUGUAGUUUAUGAGCAUUAUCUUGAGUUCACUCUGCUGUAUUGUUGGAUACAAUCAUUUCGUAAAUAGUAAGUACAUAAACUCACCUUGCACACUAUAUUUUUAGUAAAAAAUAUUAAGCCGGCGAAACUAAUAACACUCACUAAAUUGCGUAAUAUUGAUAGGACUCGGUUCCGAUUAAAUUUCUACUCAUCUUUAUCUACAAUUACAUCAUCAGUAUAAUUAAACAACUGUACGUAUUAUUUUAAUCCAAAAACCGGUAUGCGUGACGUAUAUUGUUUCUAAAAUUAGCAUUAGGCCAUGGCAUUACAGUAGACUGAUUAAUAUGUCUUAUCUGCUUAAAAAAGAUAUUGUUUCAAUUAUUUAUUAAUUCAUUUGCAUCGUAACCUUUGUUGAUAGUGGAAUUAAAUUUAUUUUAAAAUGGAUAUCUUAGAUAGGCACAAAGAGUAUAUAACCACAAUGGCGAACUGGUCUGCUCUCGGUUCCAUAAUCCUCCCCAACUUGGGUGGUUGGGCUAGCGGGAUUUACUUUGCUGGUCAGAUCCGAACUGAAAAGAAGUCUUGGUAUGAUGAACUGAAAAAGGCACCAUGGAAUCCUCCAAAAUGGGUGUUCGGUCCAGCAUGGACCACACUUUACAGUAGCAUUGGAUAUGCUUCCUACUUAGUUUAUGAAGAAUGUGGGGGAUUCACAGAGCAAGCAGUCCUGCCUUUGACCCUAUAUGGUGGCCAGCUGCUCCUCAACUGGGCUUGGACACCAAUUUUCUUUGGAAUGAAAGAUUUCAAGCUGGCGACAAUUGAAAUCAUAGUUCUGUCGGGGGCAGCAACCGCGACCACUGUAUCAUUCUUCGCCGUGAACAAGACCGCCGGCUGGUUGAUGGUGCCUUACCUCGCAUGGCUGGGUUAUGCUACCUCAUUGUCUUACUAUGUAUGGAAGAACAACCCUCAGAAACCAAAGGAAAUCAAGGAGGUUAAAGAAGAGAAGAAAAAUUAAAGGUGAAUAUUUUACAAUGUUAUUUUAACAGCCUUCAUUUAUUGUAUUAGUUAGAAGCUCGUGAAUGUUGAAAGCUGUGUCAUGAGUUCGUAAAUCAAUGGCUGGGGACCUUGUACUGAGAAGGACCGGC